AUGGAUGACGUCCCGCUGCUGGUUCGGCUUCGCAGAUUCGCCGAAUCUUCUCACGCCCUGCUCCGUGAAACCUCCACCGUUUCCUCGUCAAAGAGUACAGAUUCUGCUGCAGAAGCGCCUAGGGAUUGCCGCGACAACUCUAUUAACGGGGAUGCUGAUGCCAUUAAUAGCGAGCAGCGUGCGGACGACGCUGAAAAAGCUGCUCUUGCGGGUCUGGUGGCUGCGGUUGACGCGGUGGUGGCGGAGGCGGAAGCCGCGGGGCGGAUGCUCGCGGGGAGGGGGGAGGCGGAGCGGGAGGAGCCAGGCAGGCGUAAGGGUAACAGGGGAGGGGGAAGGGGUGGAAAGGGAAAUUCAAAGCGAGGGGAAGGGCUGGACGUUGGUGCAGGAGGCGCGGAAGUGGCGGGAGGGGCGGGAGGGGAAAAGGGGAAGAACGAGGCUGGGAAGAAACCAAUUCCUGAUAUUCCUGCGGACGUCAUCGCCUUAACACUAGAGGCCGUCAGUCGGAGCAUCUCGGCUGUCCAUGCGCUGCUGGCGUCGCAUCAGAGCCGUCGGUGGGCGGCUAGCCUGCAUCAACUGCCGACUAGCAUCGAUGCUGUCGUGCGGAUGAGCAGCGCCAUGCGUCCACUGCUAUCCUUGCUGCUGCACCUGCUGUCCCUCGCGCCCCCCUCACUCGCCACCUCCUUCUGCCAAGCCCAGGCGUCCGCCCUACUGCCCAUCCUCACGUCCCUCCUCUCCGCAGGCCUCCACCAACACUUCUUCCUUCACCUCCACCAGCAAGCGCGCCUGCUCCACCCCUCCGCCUCCGCCUCAUCCUUGCCUUCCUCUGCUCACCCUUCUCGGCCCACCUCAGCCGCCUCCUCAGCUGCCUCCUCUGCCGCCUCCUCCCCCGCUGCCUCCCCCUACAAGCCCCCCCACCUGCGCUCCCGCAAUGCUCGAGCCCCUCAGCUGGCUCUCUCCCCCUCCUUGUCCUCCCUGCCUCCCGUCCUGCAACCAGCAGCAGCACAAUCAGCAGCAGCAGCAGCAGCAGAUGGAGGGGGAGCAGGGAGCUGCACGCACACUGUGCUGUGCUCUUCUCCCACUCCUCCGCCGCUGCCCGUUCCCCUAACUGCUCUUCCCCCCCUCCCUCCUGUCUCUUCCCCUGUACCAUAUUCCCGUGCACCUACUGUUCAUCCCGUGCGCCCAUCAGAGCAUGGCUGCCGUGUGUCCCAGGGCGAUGCAUGCGCAGUGGGCUGUGCUCUUCCCACACUCCUCCUCUGCUGCCCCCAGGUGCGGGUGCGAGUGGCAGCAGCACAGGCCCUCGCCUCACUCCUCGACUCGCCUCUCACUCUCACCUUCCUGCAUCGCACUGCUGCCUCUGCGCCCACCCCUGCUGCUGCCUCUGCUGCUGCUGGAGGGCCUCGCACCCCAGGCAAGAGAGCACCAGCGCGAGGGUCAGGAGGGGUGGAGAGUGGUGCUGGGGGAACAGCAUGUGGGGGGGAUGGUGCGGCUGGUCCUGCUGGGGAUGAUGAUGGUCCAUGGCAACAGUGCCACAGCAGGAGCACGAUCCGUGGGCUGGGCCCUUUCGCUUCCGUUGCAAUGCUCACCGUAACACGUGUGGUCCUUCCUGUCCGUGCACCAAUCAACCCCCAUCCCCAUCUGUCCCGCCCCGCGUGCAGCCGUGGCAGCAUUUCUACAGCAGGAGCAGGACCUGUGGACCCUGUCGCUCGCCCGUCACAGGUACACGAUCCACAUGUGUUCACUCAUGUGCGUGUGUGUGCAACCCCCUUCCCUUCCCCCCCUGCGUGCAGCCGUGGCAGCAGUGCUACAGCAGGAGCAGGACCCGUGGACGCUAUCCCUCGCCUGCAAGCUGGCGUCGCUGCUGGCGCAAUGCACACCGCGCUAGCAGCAUGGGUGUCCACGUUCCCUGCAUCUGCUGCCGAAUCGCUCUGGCCCGACCUCCUUGCCCUCAUCACUGCCACACUCAACCCUCCUGCCAAGCCUGACACCGCCAGCUCAGCGACACACACCGCUGUGCCAGAUCAGCCUGCUAGUGCACACCCUGACAGCAGCUGCUCGCUGCAAGCUGAAUCCGCUCUCACUGACCGCCUCCUAACUGCAGCACUCAAGGUGCACUUCUCACUCACAGCCCUGUUCUUGCCGCACAUGCGUGCCGCUGCUACAGCCGCCACAGCUGCCACGAGUGCUACAGCUGCAACAGUCUGUGCCCCUGACUUAGCAGGUUCUGCUACAGCCUGCCUUCCUGCUACAGAUGCACCCACAGCCUACAACCCUGCCAUAUCACCCUGCGCUACAGCCUGCGCCUCUGCAGCUUUGCUUGCUGUACCUACUGCCUCUGCUGCGAUCAGUAGUGGGCUAUCUUCAUCCAGUCAACUACUGCCACGUGUCCCUCCUCCUGGCGCCUCACAGUGGGCUGAAGUACUCCGCCUUGGGCUGCUGCCGCCCCUCCUUCGACACCCCUCUCCCGCGUCCCGCAUGGCAGCGCUCACAUGCUUCCUGCACAUGCCAGCGCCCACCCUGCAGUACCUCUCCCACAUGCAUGAUGUCAUCUUCCAGCCAAUGUUCGCCCUGGCAGCAGGAGAGUCGGUGCCAGCAGUGCAAGCAGCACUGAUGAAGGUCUUUGGAAUCAUAGUGCCGCACCUCAUGCCCGCACACGUGGUGGGCGCCCUGGCGCACAUUGGUGGGAAAUCAAGUGCCGCCUGGUGGGGCGCAUCCGACGUUGAAGCUCUUGCCAGCGCGGCUGUGAAAGGAGCAGGCGACAAUGAUAAGGUGAAAGCUAGUGCCGUUCGCCUGUUGGGGGCGCUCGCCCGCUGCUGCUGCUUCUGCCACCGCUGCUGCCCACACACCGAUGCAGCAAGCCCUACUAGAGAGUGCUGUUGUGGUCGCUACACUGCCACUGCCACACGCCUCUCAUGCCCCUCGACAUGCACUGAGUCUCUUGAGGCGUCUCAGAAAUGCUGCUCAGCGGAAGCUGAGGCAGGAGGAGGGCAGGUGAGGCGCCUCCAGAGUAACUGCCGGUGCUGCGGUGAAAGUCAGCUGGCAGUGGGGGGCGAAGCAUCGGAGGCGUGUAAGGUGGACGGGAGAUGUGGUGGCAGCAGGUCAAAGAGUAGUGACUGUAACGAGGGAGAUGAGCAAGAGCAGACACAGCACUGGCCCGUAGAUAGCUGUGGCAGCAGCACAGCUGAUGCUGGCUUGACUCAGAUCGUGCGGCUUGCAUCAGAAGAAGCAGCAGCAGGGGCUGCUCCUGCAGAGGGAGAUGCAGAAGCAGUUGGGGGCGUUGACAUGCAUAGGAGGAGGAGGGAAGCCGACAAACAGGAGGCAAUCGCAGGGAAGGAGUUGCAGGAGGAGAGGGGGAGCGGUGGUGGAGUGGCGGGGGUGUGGCAAGAGCGAGUGGUGGAAGCCAUUCUGUCAUGCGCCUUGCAGACCAACCCCAAGGCGAGUAUGCAGUGGAAUGUGUUUGCAGCCCUCUCUAUGUAUGUCUCUUCCAUCCCCCCCCUUUUUCCUCGCGUCUCUGCAACCGUCUCGUUACAUCUCGUAUUCCCACCUCUCUUCCCCCCCCUCCCCCACCUCGGCUCUCUCCAAACGCAGGUGCAGUGGAGUGUGUGUGCAGCCCUCUCCCUACUCCUCCAGAACCCCUCCGUGCACCUCCCUUCCUCUCCCUGGACUGCCCCCGCUCUCGCCACACUGCAGGCUCUCUUGCAGCGCUCCUCCAACUUCAAGAUUCGCAUCCAUGCUGCUGCUGCACUAAUCCAGCCAUGCGCCAGGGCAGGUGAUAUCUGGGGCAGAUGCAUCACACGAGUCCUACGGUCCCCCAUCCACUCUUCCCCAUCCAUCUCUACUUCCUUUCUGCACCCACUCCCUUCCUUCACUUCCCCUUCUCACUCCCUCCAACGGCAGACUAUGUUUCGGAAAAUGGAGCGAGUCUGCUGCCUGAUUGCACCCAUCCUCCCCACCCCGUCCCUUUUUCCGCUUCCCCUCGUGUUUCCCCACCCGGCGCCGCUCUCACUCCCUCGAAUGUCAGACUAUGGAGCAGAAUUCGGUGCUAUCCUGCGCGCCCUGGUCUCCUCGCUCGCCUCUCUUGAUGCGGCGGAUCAACAGCAGAGUGCGGUGGAGCAGCGGUACAAGCCGGUGCUGAGGGAUCAGCAGAGUGCCGAGGAGCAGCAGUACAGAGUGGUCAUAGAUCAGGCAGGUGGGGGGCGAGUUCAGUAUGGGGGUAAUGGAAUGGAGGUGGUGCGGGAUUGUGGAGUGGUGGUGAAUGCGGGCGAGAUAUCAGCAACACUUCUUCACAUGACCUCACUAUCCUCCCAUGAAGACCUUCGUGCCGCCCGCCCGUUCUUGCAGCAGCAUGCAGAGUGCAUAUCCCACGCCGUGGAAUCCGCACGCUCCACAGCACUUCGUGCCUCGGCUCAUUCCGUCCCUUUUACAAGCAUUUCCGAUAAGGCACUGGCUUCAACAGCUCCACCGGCUGCUCCUUUGGUCGACCCGCCUGUCACUGUGUGCACUCACCAGCAGCAUUACUCUUGCGGAUCGGCCAGUGCUGCUGGCAGUGAUAAAUGUGAUGCUGCUGCUGCUGCUGCCGCUGGCAGUGAUGGUUAUGGUGGUGUUGGCCGAGAUUGUGGUGCAUCAUUUGUGCACUGUAACUUAACAUCAAGAAUAGGUGGCAUGGGUGUGUGCUGCCAUUUGAUACUGGCGGCUACUGAGAUGACAUGGAUUGAUGAGCCGAUAAGGAGAUUGAUGACCCUGUUACAAGACAUGAGUGAUGAUGGUAAGGGAGAUCUGGCAGCAGUAUAA